ACUCGUGCGCCCAGGGCGGGCUUGUCGGCAUGGAAAGGAUUUCGGCGCCAUGAGGGUUGUUUGGGUUUCUCUCAGCAGGAGGGCGGGAGGCGGGCGCGAAGGGGGGAUUUUAAUUUCGCCUCAAAUGAAAACGCUCUUCGCAAAGAAAUAGCCCGGGCAGCCAGCGUUGGAGAGAUGUGCUGGCCAGGACCCGCUGACACAGGAAUGUAAUCGAGGAUGCUGGCCCUGAGGCUGCUCAACGUGGUGGCCCCCGCCUACUUCUUGUGCAUCUCCCUGGUGACCUUCGUGCUGCAGCUCUUCCUCUUCCUGCCCAGCAUGCGCGAGGACCCCGCGGCCGCCCGGCUCUUCUCGCCCGCCCUGCUCCACGGGGCGCUCUUCCUAUUCCUCUCGGCCAACGCCCUGGGCAAUUACGUCCUUGUCAUCCAGAACUCCCCAGACGACCUGGGGGCCUGCCAGGGGGCCUCGGCCAGGAAGACUCCAUGCCCCUCACCUAGCACCCACUUCUGCCGAGUGUGCGCCAGAGUCACCCUGAGGCACGACCAUCACUGUUUCUUCACCGGCAACUGCAUCGGCAGCAGGAACAUGCGCAACUUCGUCCUGUUCUGCCUCUACACCUCCCUGGCCUGCCUCUACUCCAUGGUGGCCGGCGUGGCCUACAUCUCCGCUGUCCUUUCCAUCUCCUUCGCCCACCCCUUGGCCUUCCUCACGCUCCUGCCCACCUCCAUCAGCCAGUUCUUCUCCGGAGCUGUCCUGGGUUCUGAAAUGUUCGUCAUCCUCAUGCUCUACCUCUGGUUCGCCAUCGGCCUGGCCUGCGCCGGCUUCUGCUGCCACCAGCUGCUGUUGAUCCUCCGCGGGCAGACCCGCCACCAGGUGCGGAAGGGGGUGGCAGUGAGGGCCCGGCCCUGGCGCAAGAACUUACAAGAGGUCUUCGGAAAGAGGUGGCUGCUGGGCCUGCUGGUCCCCAUGUUCAAUGUCGGAAGUGAGAGCUCCAAGCAGCAGGAUAAGUAGUAGACACUCCCGUCAUUUAUCUCUCUGUCUCUGUCUUGACUCCUCCUGAGCAUAAAACCAUGGCAGCCUUGUCUCCACCCAUGACUCACUACAACCUUGUGCUGGUAAGGUCCUAGCAUCUUCCCCUCGCCUUCCACCCAUGAGAACAGCGUGGGCUGGUGGAUCAUGACAAGGAGGAAAAAUGUCCCCCCAGGCAUUUCUAGGCUCCUCACGAGCCAGCCAGGUGGCUGCUAGCUGUUAGGCUGCCUCUGCUUUCUUUCUGUCCCCUUGGGAUCCCUGCUUUCCCCCUCUUCCUGGCUCAUCCAUUCUCCACCGUGUCUCAUUCAUCACUGCUGUCUGCUAGAGCCCUUCCUCUCAGCCCCCAUGUUGGGAGAGGGGAGUGGAUUCUUGCUGCUGGUAUGAGACUCCCUGGGACCUAGAGGCUGGCAAAUGUUUAAAAUCACCACGUGUAAGAGGCAGCCAAGUCAGCUCUGCCAACUGCUAGGGGAGUUGGGAAAGAGUGGGUGUGUGUCCGCAUCCCCUCUGUAGGAAAAAGAACUCAGUAGCUUGCUGCUCCCUCACCACCCCCCACCAGGUUCAAGACCCUUUUUCUGGGAGACAGCAAUCAAUGGUCUGCUUUUUCCAAAUGUUAUUCCCUGUCCACCCUGCCCCAUCUGGCCGGCCCAGUCCAGUCCAGGACCUGGCUGGAUGCUUCUUGUCCCUGGAACUCUUCCAGCCUUUCUACUUGAUCUCCAGCCCCCAGGUCUUUAACAGAUGAUGGGAAGGCAAGGAAGAAGGGACAGGGAAAGAUAAUUACUGAUAAAUGAAGGGGAUAUUCGACUGUAUAACCAUAUGGAAGUGUGUGUGUGUGUGUGUGUGUGUGAGAGAGAGAGAGAGAGAUGGGUGGUGGUGAGAAUUGUUAGAAACAUAUAGGAAUAAUGCCUAGGGGAAAGGGAGAAGUGAGAGGGACAAUUGGGUUCAUUUAUGCCCUAUACAAAGGGCAUUCCAGCAGCUGAAACUGUUCAAUGUUUGAAUGGCUGCCUGUGAAGGUAGUGAGUGCCUCAUCACUGGAGGUAUUCCAGCAGAGUCUAGGCAGUCGUCUGCCAGGCAUGCUGUGGAAGGGAUUUCUGUACAGGGUCAUUCUAGGUGAGCUUACACAUUCCUUCCAACCCCAAGGUUCUGAUGUCCUGGUUGUGAUUGCUGGACCCAGAGGCAAGAUCUGCAGAGAUGCCUGUGAGAUAUUUGCUUUCCUAGAGGGGAGUGUGGGCAUGGGAGGGGUCUGAAAAUCGGGACCCAACCCAGCCACUGAAGAGAGAGUCUCUGCAGAGACAGGGCUACCUGGGUGGUUGAGGGGACUGGCAUUUGAGGACAGGGAGAUGGAGCAGUGUCAUUGUCAGUGGCAGGGCAUGGGGGGCAGUGGUGAGCUAAGGCUGAGGAGUGGAGAUGACCAGAAUAUAAGGGUGCAAUUCCCAGACCAUCCCUGCGCAUCUGACUGACUCCGGUGGAGGCACUGCUGUGUGUUUUCUGAAACCUAGAGGACCAGACCCCUGGGGCAUAUAAGGGAGUAGGGACAACACAAGUGCCCCCUCCUGACUGGGUCCCAAAGCCAAUAUGACAUCCAUGCAGGCAGCAGUGCUGAAUCCAUGCCCUGCAAUGUCCAACCGCCAACUGCAGCGACCCGCUGAUAGCUGCACAACAGUCUGGGUUCUUGAGCAGAGAUUGGGAGGACUUUACUGUGGUUCUGCCUUCACACCCCCAGAGAGCUAAUGUAGUAUUGGCUCCACCUGCUCACAUUUCUCCCUCCCAUACUCAUUCCUUCAUUCAUCCAUCCUACAUAUAUUUAUUGAGUGCCAACUACGUUCCCAGCCUCUUCCAGGCACUGGCAAUGCAGUGAUGAACAGGAUGACAAGAUUCAUGCCAUCAGGGGCACCUUGUCACUGCCGUCUGUGCACUGAUUCACACCCCCUGCAAAAUGGUCACUCUGCCAUCUUGGUGGUUGGUGGGGCAGGUCAUUUGGAAAUAAAGAAUGUGAUAGAGACGGCUGAAGAGGGGAAGCCUAGGCUGCCUCAAUGGAGGAGUCGCUGGGGGCAUUUUCACCCACAAUUCUGACCAUACUUAAGCAAUGGGAGGGAGAGGGAGGAGGGGAAGAUCUGGGCAAUUUUGGCCUUGACUCUUUCCUGGCUCCAGAGCUCAAGCUUAGAAGCCAGCCCUGCUAUUUCCAGCCUCCUGAAGGCUCAGCACGGUGAGGCCUGACAUCCUGGGGAAGGGCAACAGGGAGACCUACAGGAUGUUGGCUGCUUGCAGACUGGUCAAUGGGGGAUGACGGUGGGGAAGUUGCCAGAUGUGAGACUUGAGUAGCAUUUGUACACAUGGCCCUGUAUUGUCCUUGAAGAACAUCAAUAAAAUAUAUGGUUUUAAAUUGGA